GGAUCCAUGUGACCCUGAAGCUUCUCGGAAGAAGAAGAUGGCGAAGAUCUCGUGCCGUCGACCGCCACCCCUAUAUAUACCCAUGAAACCCUCCUGACCGAACUCCAUGCCAAAACACACAGGUCCUUGCACGCAUCCACAGUUCAUUGCACACUACUAGGAAGAAAUCAACAGCGGCACCAGUAGUUCUUGACAUAUUUUUGCAAAGCUAGCAUUGUGUCGGUGAACUAAGGUAGCUGCAAUUUCUUGGUCGUUUGGAGGAGCGAAGAUGAAGAAGGCGACGAGGUACUUGAAGCAGCUCUUCACCGCCAUCGUGGCGGCGGUGAAGUCGACGGCGGUCGGCACCAGGGCGAGCUCCCUGCGGACGCGCCUCAUCGUGCUCGGCAUCAUGCGCAACAAGAAGCUCCUGCUGAGCGCCAUCCAGAGCAAGAUCCACGCCAUCAUGGGCGGCGGCUCUAGUGGCAGUGGCCAGGGCGGAGGGUACGGCAAUGCGGUGGCCGGUCACGGCGGCGGCGAGGGCACGGAGGGCGCACGACGUGGAGGCGCCGCCGGCGAGCACCUCUUCCUAGCCGGCGGCGGCAGGAAGGCCGCGGUGCUGGAGAGCCUGCCGAGCUUCGUGGUGGAGCAGGAGAGCAGGGCCGUCGUGCUCAGCAGCCUGCCCAGCUUCGCGCUGGAGCGGGACGGCGGCGGCGCCGGCCUCGCCCGCUCGCCGCUGGCCGGCGGCGGGGAGGAGGUGGAAUACAGCGAGGCCAACGGCGAGAAGCAGCUGGCGAUCGCCGCCGCCCCGGGGUCGGCUGAGGGGGAGUUCCGGCUGGAGGACGAGAUCGACCGCGUGGCGGACGUGUUCAUCCGGCGGUUCCACGACCAGAUGAAGCUGCAGAAGCUCGAGUCCUUCAAGAGGUUCUGCGAGAUGCUCGAGAGGGGCGCCUGAACAUCCCUUGAUAUCCAUGCAUGGCCCCUGCUACUGAAUACUCCUACUGAUCAGCUACUAAUCAACUGGGGAAAUGGUAACGGUUGAUCCAACCUAAUUAACUAAGAGUUUGGGGGUGUACCUAUUACUACGUAGAAUAAGUGACAAGAAAUCGAUCGUUUCUUGGAGUGAAAUUGGAGGGUGUUUGGGCUGGAGAGAAAUGUACUCAUGUUCUUGUGUUUUUUAAUGGAGAUUUGAGCUUUCUCCUUUGGAAUUA